AGCUAGAUGAUGCGGUUGUGUCGACGUUAAGAGCUGCAAACAUCAGUGAGGCAAUGAUGGGCAACCUGUCUCGUGAAGACUUGCGGGACCUUUUCCCAGGACCAGAGAACUUUUUAAGAAGAAAAGCGAUCUGGAUUGCUUGUCAUGGUGCAUCAGAGGAGGAUUCUGGUAAAGAAGAUUCAACUUUAGUGAGCUGUUCCUCCAAUAAUGGGUCACCUAUGCAACAGACAUCCACUCCAAUGAAGUCCAGUCUUCCCAAGUUUGAAACUCCUGAAAAGGUUGUGAAAUUAACCUUUCCAGAAUAUGUACUCCACACUGACACUGAGCUUGAGCACGUAAGACAACAGUACUUUGAAUUGUCGAAGAAAGGGGAAGAGCGCAACUGUGAAAUGUCAAAGGAACUCAGAUGUCGUCUCAUCCGAAACACGAUGACCAGUAUGAUUGCAAUCUUGAGGGCAAAAGGAGAUGCAGAAUCACACAGAUACCCAUCAAAACCUGAAAUCACAGCAGUGGCUAAAAGGAUAGUGCUGUAUUACCCCAUGCUACAGGACCAAGGUCUGAAGAAUUCAUGGGUCACUGUGUUUGCGCAACUAAACAAAAGAUUGCAGAAUGUGAGGUCCCCUCUAAAGAAAUCUCAGAGUGGGAGACAAUCAAAGAGCUCUUCAAAGAGACGCCGUCUUGAUGAGCCCUAUGAUACAGAUGAAGCCAUGUCGAGCGACUCAACAAUCAUUCUGGACCAGUCUACAGAUGAGACUACCAGCACCGACUCAGGCACUACUGACAAGGAGAAAAACAAGACCCCAAAGCCCCCAGAAGCUCUCCCUCUCCUGUCCAGUUCUAAGACUAACAGGCCAACAGAUGUUGAAAGCUCAUACAACUACAGUCCAGCAAUCUCGGCCAAGCACUACAGGACCCUACAAUCGUUGUAUAAAAAAAAGAAUCCAAACCACCAGGAUGUGUCUCAUCUCCUGGAUUUGGAAUUUCAAGCCAGAAGAGCAUUCAUUGAUUCACAUAGUUUUCGUGAGGAGGACAGACACAACAAAAUCAUAGAAGCAUAUCCUUGUUUCAAGGACAUUGGACAUGUCAUGGAUGAGCUUCAACGCAUUCUGAACAAAGAUAACCCAUGCUACAUAGCUGAACUAAAGGGACGAUGGAAAGACUUCUGCCAGAAGGUGCAGUUUUUUGGUGUAUGGAAAAAAAUGCUGAAACUACCAAUGGGAGUGGACAAAGCUGAACAGGCUCUAGAGAUCCUUCAUGUCCUGCCAUCGCUGUUUCCGUCGGCGUCUGCUCCUCCAAAACGAGUACGCGAGGCAAGUGAGGCUCUGGUGCAUGUCCUUGAGGAAAAUGAAGACCCUGAUGCCUAUUUGAAGAAGCGCCCUCUCUCCUGUCCAAUUCUGAUUGUGUGUUCAUCCAACUGCCUGCUCGCGGUAGGAGACGUGCCCAUCACAACAUUUCCGAAAGACAAGGUUGAUGAGGGGGCUUUAUACCUGAUGGCAUACUAUUAUGCCCUGCAUCUUACUUACCCAAAGUGUGUGGCCACUCUGCUGUCAGUCAUACAGACAGAGGUCCUUUUGGACCAAAUCCAUGAGAGAGAUCUAACAUCAUCCUACAAAAAGAGCAUGGCCGAAUGGAAAACUUUUAUUGACCAGUAG